CUUCCCUGAUCUGAGGAAAGGUAUUUUGGUAGUGUAUAAAUGAGGCGACGUCCUCUUGCAGAUGACAUGAUUUCGCUUGCACUUGCUUUGCUACUUUUCAUGGAGGUAUAUGACACUUUUCUUCUUUCCUCUUUUCUUUUCUUUUGUUUUCUUCCAUGUUGAAUAUCGGCGUUUUGCAAGGUUAAAUAACGGAAAUUGGCAAACCAGGGAGGUAUGGCUGGCUACCACGGUUUAUUCGCAUGAAUUGCAUACGGUAUAUGUGCCCUGUCUUGAUCUUCUUCGUUUCAGUUUUUCGUCGAUUGUCCUGCCUGGAUUUGAAAGGUCAUCAUCAUCGUCUGUUCAACGUCACUUGGUGCUCAAGAGGAAAGCGGAAUACACAAAAAUAUUCACCAGAUAUGGUAUCCGGAGAGACCCUUGAUAUACAAAAAUGGAGUGCAGGCAUUGUCUCUUAUACAUAUUGGCCGCUUUUCUUCUGCCUUUCCUGUUCAUCUUUGUCUUCUUCUUCUUCUUCUUUUUUUUUUUUGCACUUGUGUUCUGUGGCUGGCAACGCAUCUUUGAAUAUUAUAUCCAACCGGCAUGAUCAUCAUCGUCAUCCUCAUCCUCAUCAUCAUCAGUUAUCAUUGUCAAUAUACCAACAUAGCAGGGUGCCAGGCGAGUGGGUUUAUUGUUUUUACCGUCUGCUCAUCAUUACUUGCAUACCUCGAUUGUUCCAUGUCUGUGUGUUUGUGCUUUGAUGCCCAAGAAAAAUCAUUCCAGCUUCUGAUCCUGCCCUGUCUUUCUACGUCUUGUUUUCGCAAUCGCUACAUACCAUGACA